UUUUUUUUUUUAAUUUUAGUGUAUAUUAAUUUAUAGACUUAUGUUAAAAAUAUUAAGAUAUAAUACUAAAUCAUAUUUAUUGAUUUCUUUAAUUUUCUAUGUUAAAUUAUUUACAUAACCUAUAAAUUUGUCAGUCAAAUAAUAUGGCUACCUGGAUUACAGUGACUCCGCGGCUUGAACAAGGUUUGAAAAUAGCAAAUCAAAUAGACAACAGUAAAUUUCGCUUAUUAAUAAAUCGUAUUUGUCAAACACUUCAAUCCAAUGUUAAUACAAAAAUAUUCAAUGAAGAGGAAGAAGAAAAACUAUUAAUUUCUUUGGAUUUAAAUAAAAAUGAUUUAGUUUGUCUUUUAGAUACAAUAAUAUUAAUUUAUAAACAAGCUGCUUGCAAUAUUGUAAAACCACAAUUAAUGGAAAGUACUUUAAAAAAUACUUUUAAAACAGAUGAUGAUAAAUGUUUAAUAUUUUUAAAUGCAUGGUUUACAUAUGGUAAAGGUAUAAUUGAUCAUUUUAGACAAAUGUCUAUAUUUCCUGUUCAGGUUAAAGAUAUUGAUUGGAGUUUAAAUAUUCAAGCUGCAUCUUCAACUAUUAAAAAGGAUGUGCGACCAAUGGCAUUAUUGCAAUUAAAUUUAACAGGAGAAGACGAAUCUAAAUUAACAUUGGAAUUUGAUAAAAAAGAACUCAUAGAUUUAUAUCAUAAUUUAGAAAGAAUACAAUCACAAUUGGAUGCUUUUAAAUAAUAGAAAUUUGAGUAUUCGGUGUACGUGUAUUUGCAUUAAAGACGAUGGGAAUCAGAAACAAGUUGCAAUGAUGUUUUCGUAUUAUUAUUUAUUUAAAGAAAUGGUUUACAAUGCCGGAGAGACACUCAACGCGCACGUACGAUCCACCGAUUACACCUCGGUGCAGAUUCUUGAAUUGUUCAUGUUGGAAACUUAACAGUAACUCAAUGGCACACGAAGGUAGGUAAUUAAUUAGCUUCGAACGAAAGCGUUUGAUCAUUGCACACGAUCUGUACCGAGUUUCCUAUGAAUUGAAACUUUUCAAAUCUUAAUAUCGUUAGAUAUUACUUUUGUAUUUUUAAUAAUUAUAGAAUGAUUCAAACAACUGAUUCAAAGUAAUUAUUACUUAUUAAUUAUUACUUUGCAGGUGAUCGAGUGACAGCAAUGAAAACGCAAUAUUAUCCGAAACGAAGAUAAAUAUUUCAAAUGGGACGCUUAACAGUAAGAAUUGUCUUAGCGUUAAUUUUAACAUGUGGCUGUUAUAUAUAAUGAGCAUCAGCAGUAAAGUGGAUAUCGUAGUAUUCUAAUAAAAAAAAAGAACCUGUUUCUUCGUGAAGUUUUUUUGUAAUGUCAUCGGCACGUUGACUUCUUAUUUAGCAACACGUUGGCUAUGGGAUCAGCCAACUGAUUCGUUAACGGUUCCGUAACGAGUCUAAUCAUUAUUAGCACACUGGAGUCUCUUAAACGAUUUAUUUCGCUUAACAAAUAAAUAUUCUUAGUCUUAAACAUUAAACUUCUUACGUGUAGUCUUUUUAAAUAAUUACUAGCUAAUGCGUCUCGAAUGCAACGUUACGUAUUAAAACGAACGAAGAACGUGAACGCUCUUUCCCUGGUUACUUGCAGCAGGGCAAUCUAUUCUGCUGUUCGUCAAAUUGUCUUGAAUUAAUCAGAAUUACUUUGAAAAAACUUUCAAAUCCAUCGAUCAUCGAGAGAGAGAGAGAGAGAGAGAGAGAGAGAGAGAGAGAGAGAGAGAGAGNAGAAAAGAUAAAGAAAAAAUUUUGAAAUGAAAUCUGAAAUUAACGGAAUUCGAUGGCGAGCGUUUUUUCAAAGCUCGAGCACUUUUCCUGUCAAUAGUGACUUUCGACAAUAAAUAAUACAAAGAAUGACAAUAAAUGUAGCCAGAGUGCUCGUGAAAAGGCUUACACACACAAUACGGUUUCGCGUACCUAUUAACGCGGCUACUAACUAUGCUAAAUGCGAAAUCAUUUGAGCGUAGACUUGCCGUUGAGCAUAUAAAUAAGAAAGGGUGAAUGACAUUGAGUGAUAGAUGUUAUUUAAUGAGAUGUGCUUCUUAAGCGUGCCAUAUCGACGAGGAUAAAAGAACAUUACGCUUGAAUGUUCGAAAUAUAGUUUAGUGAGCACAAAAAACGUAUUUCAUGUAGACUUUAACGAAUUAAAAAAAAAAAAAGAAUUUAAUCGUGUGAAUGAAAUAAUUAUUAUU